CGGUGCCUUAUAGUGCAGCAUUAACGGACCAAUCGUCGUGCGGCGCGACCCGAUCUCCCCGUCUCUUGCGCUGUUGUAGAGACGCUUCGAAGAAAAGAGCUGAGAGUGGCAAGGGGAAGGGAACGUUGCUGGCCCCUUUCAUUCUCGGAGUACGUUGCUAUCGCUGCGGUGCUUCUGGGGACCAAGGUACGCCGCCCGAUUCCUUCGCGUUGCGUCAUCCUUCUGUCGAUUCCCGAGUAGUUCGAUCGGGAGAGUUUUCUCCUUUCGGCGGAUUCUUGGCUAUCGGUGCUCCGAUCCUUGAUCAUCUCGUUUAUCUGCCUGAUGCGUCAGUUCAGAGUCCCGUGUUCUAUUUUUCCCUCUUUAUCCAAUUAAAGGCUGGAAGAUUCGAUUGAAAAUUUUCGCCUUUCGCCGAUUGUUUCGUUUCCGACGAGAACAAAAAAAAUGCCCUGGAUUUGGGAAGUUCUAUCAUAUUCAGUUAAGGAAGAGGAUUAACAAUUGCUCUGGGAAAUACCACGCUGAACUGCUCUUCGAAUCGAUUGUGGAUCAAUUUUGGGAAAGUCUGAUUUCUACUCCGGAAGAAUUCCAAAAAUUUGGCCAUGGAGGUUGCGAUCCCUGAGUACUGGUUACUUCCUUAUAUUUUUGCGAGCUUUUCUAUGCUGUAUCUGUUUGGUUAUUUCGUGAUCUUCCGCAAAUGGAGUCGAAAGUACCGCCCCGAUGCAUCUAGUUGCUUAAUUUCUCUGUUCCAUGGUACUCCAGCUGUGUUGAUGGCAGUUUCGGCUAUCCUACACGGACCUAUUCGAGGAUUUGCCUCCGCUAAUACCACUUUCCAGAACGUUGUUCUCGACUUCAGCAUUGGCUACUUCCUAGUUGAUCUUCUUCAGUACUUGAUACUUCUCCCGGGAGACUAUCUCUUCAUUGCCCAUCACUUGGCUACGCUCUUUGUCUUCAUCACCUGUCGCUACCUCGUUGUGCAUGGUGCAUUCUCACUCCUGGUCCUUCUUGUGCUUGCGGAGCUGACUAGCGCUUGUCAAAACGUGUGGACACUGGCUGGACUUAGGAAAGAAGAAUUGCCUAACGCAGCAAAAAUCUACAAAAUUUUGUCUCCCCCUUUCUAUGCUCUGUACACUGUCAUGAGAGGAUUAGCUGGGCCACUUUUCUUCUGCAGGAUGAGUGUAUAUUUCUUGAGUGGGAUGGCUAGUGAUGUAAUUCCCAUCUGGGUUUCUGCUUCAUGGAUUAUUGUAGUUGGUGGUGCGAUAUUGGCCAGUAUUUUGUGGAUAUUCAACUUAUGGUUGGAGUUCUUCAGAGAGAAGGUGAACCGGACAAGAAAGAACAGCUAACUGCAUCUGCUUUAGCAAUGAAAAUGAUGUGCUUGAGGUAGAAUGGGUUCCUUGCAGAAUGCUAUGUUGUCUUCCUGAACACUACUUGAAAACUAUAACUAGCAUAGCCUAAUGUUUCUACUUGCUCAAGGUGAAUGAUAGUCAAUAAUGCAGCUGUAUCGAAAUUACACUAGGAAGUAGUUUUGGUUUUCUUGUCAUUCUAGUCAAUCUCCUUUACUAGCCUUCCUGUAAUAAAAGUCUAGUUAAUUGACAAUACACAAUUUACUUGUAAUUUUUUUUUUGUUUCCAUCCCAGAGUAUUUCUGAUAUUUUUUAAUGUUUGAGUUAGGGGAACAAGUUAAUGAUAAUAAGUGCAACUUUUCCUUUCUUAA